CCUCUAAAUCACCAUCCACUCAGUCUAGCGGACCGGCUCAGGCGCUCUGCAGCAGGAGACGAUGGGAGUAGAGAAGCUGGAAAUGGAAGACACGGAUUGCACUCUGAUGGAGAAGGGCAAGAAGCCCCCCGUGUCUAAAUCCCCUAACAGAUACGAAGCGGUGCUUCAGCCCUGCCUGGCUGAAAUCGUGGGGACCAUGUUCUUUGUCUUCAUCGGCUGCGUGUCGGUCAUCGAGGACGUGCCUGCAGCUGGACGUCUGCAGCCUGCCCUGGUGCACGGGUUGGCUGUGGCGGUGAUGGUGGCGGUCAUGGAUAAAAUCAGUGGAUCCCAUUUCAACCCUCCCUUCACCAUUGGCAUCUACCUGUGUGGAGGCAUAGAGCUGACCAUGGUAGGGUUUUACCUUGUCAGCCAGCUGAUUGGAGGGGUGUUGGGAGCCGGAAUGGCCAAGAUGAUGACCCCUGUGGAAAGAUACAACAAUGCCACGGGAGCAGCGUUUGACAUCCUCAAGUCAGAGAGCCAGCUGGCCAAGGCCAUCUUCGGGGAGGUGGCCAUGACCUGCAUGGUGACAAUGGUGGUGCUGCUGGUGGCGGUCAACGGCAAAACGAAAACCCCGAUGGCCCCGUUCCUGGUGGGCUGCACCGUCACCAUCAACAUCCUGGCAGGGGGAAGCGUGUCAGGGACGUGUCUGAAUCCCGCCAGGGCUUUCGGUCCAGCCGUGAUGACCAACUACUGGACCUACCACUGGGUGUACUGGGUCGGACCCAUCGGAGGGGGCGUAGUGGCCGCUGUUCUGGUCAGGCUCAUUCUCGGUGAUAAUAAGUUACGGAUCAUCAUGAAGUCAUGAGAGCCUCUGCUGCGCGUUAACCGCCCUGCAGGUUCCAGUAAAACCAUAAUCUGUAUGCAGCGGGGUUUUUUUUCUCUUCCAUGUCAAUUUGUAAAACUGGUGUACCGUUUUUGUGAAAUAAAGUCAAAAUAGAAACA